UCCACCAAACGAUUGAAAACUGGCAACAAAGGCUUGGAAAACGUUAAUCAUUCAUCUCGUUCAGUCUGGGGAUACGCGGAAAUGCAGGAUAUGGAAAUCAAGGUCGAUGUCCAUGUGGCCAGAAGAUUGGCGAUGAAAUCUACUAUCCACGAUUUCAUCGCCUUUGCGCCGGUCCCCAAACACGAGGUUGAUGACGUCACCGUGGCGUUCGAAGAUCAUAGCAUUUACACAUUUUAUCCCUUCUUAUUUCCGAGAUCUUUCGAUGCGCGUGAUAUGGAACGCUGGGGGAUUUCAUUGGGGACUGGCCUGGCCUUGAUGGAUAGUGCGCGCCGGUUUUAUCAGCACCUCGUUGACAUCGGGGAGGAAAAAAGUCGACUCAAUGGGAUUGUCAUACCAGAUUCUGAUUCUGAUGCCGAGAUUAAAGUCAUGUCUUCUAAAUCCAAACCGUCUGCCAAAUCUAAAGCAACUUCGAAAGCGAAAACAGGCAAGUAACUUUCCGGUUGUUGAUCCCACUCAAAAACGAUUCAAUACGUGGAUUUUAUUGUAUGCUGGAUCCUAUCACGUUUUUGUUUCAAAAAAAUCGUAUUGUCUCAACAUUUCUUCCCACUCAAAAAAGAAAGCAGUAUGUUGCUAAAUCAUCCUGUUUGUUUUAGUGUUAUCUCUUUUUUGUUUAACCAAAAUCAUACUGUCCCCCCCCAAAAAAACAUCACCGUCAUGUUUGGAUUUGUCCUGCUACCUAAGUAUGUUAAUGGUCUUGUGUGUGUUGAUCUGAAAAUAACACUUAAAUGUGUUUGUGUUUGCUUAAACC